AUGAUCGGAGUGGCCUGCUCCGAGGCGACGCGGGCACUGCAAUGCCACCCACCCGCACCCACUCAGUACCCACCCCGCACCCACUCAGUACCCACCCCGCAUCCACCCUCAUCCACUCAGUACCCACGCUGCACCCAACCGCACCCACCCAGCACCCACUCAGCACUCACCCUGCACCCACCCCGCAUCCACCCCGCACCCACCCAGCACCCACUCAACACCCACCCCGUACCCACCCGCACCCACUCAGUACCCACCCCGCAUCCACUCAGCACCCACACCGUACCCACCCUCAUCCACUCAGUACCCACGCUGCACCCAACCGCACCCACCCAGCACCCACUCAGCACUCACCCUGCACCCACCCCGCAUCCACCCCGCACCCACCCAGCACCCACUCAACACCCACCCCGUACCCACCCGCACCCACUCAGUACCCACCCCGCAUCCACUCAGCACCCACACCGUACCCACCCUCAUCCACUCAGUACCCACGCUGCACCCAACCGCACCCACCCAGCACCCACUCAGCACUCACCUUGCACCCACCCCGCAUCCACCCCGCACCCACCCAGCACCCACUCAACACCCACCCCGUACCCACCCCGCAUCCACCCCGCACCCACCCCGUACCCACCCGCAUCCACUCAGUACCCACCCCGCAUCCACUCAGCACCCACCCGCAUCCACUCUGCACCCACCCCGUACCCACCCACAUCCACCCCGCAUCCACCCCGCACUCACCCAGGAAGUGUGUGCUGA